AUUAUCUCCUCGAUAUAAUGAAAAGUUACUCUCUCUUUCCCAUGGACGUAGCUAUCACACAUCGUGUUAGUGAACCAUGUAAAUGGUGUGUCUGUUUUUCGAUUCUCGCUUUCGUAUUCUUUCUCAAUUCCGGUGAUCUAUAGAUGCUUAGUGAUAAAAGUGGUACCAGAGCCGUGGGUGGAAAUCAGGCUAGGGUUUCGAUUUUGAAGAAUGAUCUCGGUAAACAUGAAGAUCAAGAAGUUCACGAGGAAGAACAGCUUCGCUAUAUGGCAUAUCAAGAUGCAGGCUUUAUUGAAACAAUAAAGGCUAUGGGGCUGCUGUCUGCGAAACAGAAGAAGGCAGCGUUCGAUGACGAUGAGUGGAAUACCCUGGAGGAGAAGGCCCACUUGAACAUCAUGCUAUUGUUUUCUGAUGAUGUCAUCAUUGAAGUCUCUGCUGAGAAGACUGUCGCAGGCUUGUGGUUAAAGCUGAAGAGUCUGUAUAUGAUGAAGUCUUUAACCAACAAGCUGCAUCUCAAGCAACGAUUGUUCAGUUUGAGGAUGCAAGAGUACCGCCUUUGAGGGAACAUAUGGAAUAGCUUAAUUCUAUUUUUGUUGGAUUUAUGCAAUAUAGAUGUCAAAGUUGAUGAUUAAGAUGCUAUCCUAAUCCUACUUGUGUCUUUGUUGAGUUCAUAUGAGAAUUUCGUGGAUUCUUUUAUUGUUGGUAAAUAUAGUUUUUCAUUGGAGGAUGUCAUAUCUGCUCUUCAUACGAGAGAGAUCAGACAUAAGGUGUCCGAAUCUGGUACAGAUGGUGAAGCAUCAGGGUUGGCUAUCACAGGUGGAAAGGGAAAGAAGAAAUCUGGUAAAGGGAA